AUGGCUGCUCCUGAAGUCCACCACCUCUUCCACAACCCCAUUGCCGACCACUCCUUCUCGGCCGACCACGCAACUCUUGCUGUUGCCCGCGACUCAACCGUCGAGCUGUACGGCAAGGUUGGAAAUGCGUUUAAGCUGAAGGAUGUGCUCAAGGGCCACGACAAGACCGUCACCAGUGUCGACAUUGCUCCAAACAGCGGCCGCAUUGUGUCCUGCUCUCAGGAUCGAAAUGCGCUGGUCUGGGAGCCCUCUCCUACCGGAUACAAGCCCACUCUUGUCCUUCUUCGAAUCAGCCGCGCCGCCACGUUUGUUCGAUGGUCGCCUUCCGAGACCAAGUUUGCCGUAGGCUCCGGCGAUCGCGUGAUUGCGGUCUGCUACUUUGAGGAGGAAAACGACUGGUGGGUUUCGAAGCACUUGAAGAAGCCGAUUCGCAGUACCAUCACCAGCGUUGCUUGGCACCCCAACUCUGUGCUCCUCGCAGCCGGCUCUACCGAUGCUCAUGCCCGAGUGUUCUCGGCCUUCGUCAAGGGUGUUGACGAGCGUCCCGAGCCUGGUGUCUGGGGCGAGCGAUUGCCCUUCAACACCGUCUGCGGGGAAUACUUGAACAACUCUGCUGGUUGGGUUCACUCUGUGUCAUUUUCUCCUAGCGGAAAUGCCCUUGCAUUUGCUGCCCACGACAGCAGCAUCACGGUUGUCUAUCCCAGUGGUCCAGAGCAGCCCCCCAGGGCCGUUUUGAGCGUUCCCACCCAGCUUCUUCCCUUCAAGAGCUUGAUCUGGAAAGCUGAAGAUGAGAUUAUCGCCGCCGGAUACGAUUGUGAGGCGUUCCGCUUCCAAGGAGGCGAAGGCGGCUGGCAGCUAGUUGGGACUGUCGAGUCCAAGGGCAGCGCUGGUCAUGGUGAGCAGCGCGAGGAGUCUGCCUUGAACAUGUUCAGGCAGAUGGACCUCAAGGGAAAAGUCAAGGAUGACACGCAGUUGAAGACGAUUCACCAGAACACAAUUUCCACUAUUAGACCCUAUGAGGUGUCCGGUGGCAGAGUUACCAAGUUUAGCUCAAGCGGUGUUGACGGACGAGUGGUUAUUUGGAACGCUUAG